AUGCGUACGAAAGUUGGGCUUGCCAAAACUGGCAGGCGACGCUCUAACGUUUUUGAGGCGUUGGACAAUAUACGGGAUGCGCUCACACCGAAAGUCCGUGAGCAGGUCCUGUUAAAACCGAAUUUUCUCUCCAGUACGAAUCAACUCGCCUCGUCGCACGUCGAUGCGAUGCGGGGUGCGCUUGAUUUUCUGCUGAGUACACCACAUCCGCCAAAAGAGGUAAUUAUUGCCGAAGGCGCAAAUGAAAAAUUUUCGGGUGAGGCGUUCCAAAUUUUCGGUUAUGAGGCACUCCAAGCCGAAUACGAUCUCCCGAUCCGGCUCGUGGAUUUGCAUCAGGAAACCGAAUGGGUGGAAACCACGGUCUUUCUUGCUGAACGUAAUGAAGAUACCGUGAGGAUGCCAAAGAUAGUCACGGAUUGCCCCUGCACUAUUUCUGUUGCUAUCGCUAAAACACAUGAUGCUGGGGUUGUAACGCUCGCAAUGAAGAAUAUGAUUAUGGGUACCCUGCACAAGGAAGACCGGAUUAAAAUGCACGGCUAUCACAGUCACGCAGACCGAGUGCUUCCGCGCGAAGCGCAGACGCUCAAUAUCAAUCUACUUCGCCUCUCACGCCACCUUAAGCCCGAUAUCGCUAUUGUCGAUGGCACCGUCGGGUUACAAGGCAACGGACCCGGGGGCACCGAUUCUGUUCCCCUCGGUAUCGCAGUAGCGAGUGGAGAUGUGUUUGCGGCUGACGCAGUCACGACAAAAGCGAUGGGAUUUGAGCCGUUAGGGAUUGGGCUUUUUCAUUACGCAAAUGAGAUGGGCUACGGCACCGCAGACCUUGACAAGAUUGACAUCGUCGGACCCGCCAUAGAGACAGUCGCGACAUCGUUUAAGCCUCAUGAAACCGCUGAACUCCAGUUCCAAUGGCAGGAAGCGAGUCCGGCAGAAUAUCUGGCGGCAGACUAA